UUUAUGAACAUUUGAAACAACACAGAAGCGAGUUUUUUUGGAUUGCAAUGUGAGUGUGAGGAUUUCUCACACAACAAACCCUUCCUACAGAAAAUUACAAAAAAUACUCUCUCGUUUUCAUUGUGUCAAGCAAUUUUUAUAGUCUGAGAGUUUUAUUCCUUAGGGUUUCUUUCUUCUUCUUCUGCUACUUUUUCAUUUUUUCAUCGAGUUUUUUUAUUUUUCACAGAUUUUUCAUUUUCGGAAAAACUUUCUUAGGGUUUCUUUCUUCUUCUUCUACUACUUUUUCCUCGUUCAUCGUUGUACACAGAAUCGCAUCGCUCAAUCUUCUCUGGUUUUCGCAUUUGAUCAACUCUGAAAAGGCACCACAAGAUGUACAGAAAAUCACAACAUACUCGUGAGUCUGAUUUGAAAUACUACCAGCGUAGAUAUUUCAAUGAGUUGAAAGAUGAUUACUAUAAACUCGAAAUCUACGACUCAAUAAUUAGGUGUCCGUUCUGUUUAAACAAGGAUUAUUACUCUUUGAGUGAUCUUUUGAGACAUGCUUCAAGGAUUGCUGGUGAUUUGCAUGGCGAGACUGUCAAAGAAAUUGCUAAGCACUCUGCCCUUGAAAGGUAUCUUGACUUUAAAAUUUCUGAUGAUAAGUCGCAUGUUAGGAAUGUUGAUACCGAUAAGUCGCAUGUUAGGAAUGUUGAUACCGAUAAGUCGCUUCAUGUGAAUAGUGCUAAAGAUAAGUUACCUAGAGUGAAUGUUGUUGAUGAUAAGUCACUUAAUGUUUGUAUUGAUAAGGCUCAGUCAGUUAAUGCGAAUGCUGUUAAGGAUCGGUCACUUGAUGUUGAUAUUGCUAAGAAUAAGUCAGCCAUUGAUAUUGUGAAUACUGCUGAAGAUGAGUUUGUCUGGCCUUGGAUGGUAGUUCUGGCAAACAAUGUUACAAACUAUGACCCGAAGUCUGGUAAGUAUAUAGGGAAGAGUCAUAAGAAAAUUAAGGAUGAUCUGUACGCUAAAGGGUUUCAGCCGCCGAAAGUUACUGCACUGUGGAAUAAUAAAGGGCAAACACCGUUUGUGAUUGUUGAAUUUGGAAAAGAAUGGGACGGUUUCAACAAUGCUUUGAAGCUAGAAAGCAGCUUUGAAGCAGACCGUUGUGGGAAGAGAGAUUACAUGGAUUUAAGGGAGCGAGGAGAUAAACUCUUUGGGUGGAUGGCACGUAGAGAUGACUAUAAUUUCAGGGAUAUUGUGGGCAAACACCUCCGGGAUAAUGGGGAUUUGAAAACUGUUUCUGGAAAAGAAGCUGAGGAUAAUAGGAAAGCCUUGAAGCUUGUAUCUGGUUUGGCUAACACUUUAAAGCAGAAGAACAAGGAAUUAGAACAAACAGCUAGCAAGUAUGACGAGGCUAGUGUGUUCCUAACAAAAGUGAUGGAUCAAAAAGAGGAGAUGCUUGAACACUUUAACAAAGAAAUAAGCAACAUGCGGAACGCUGAACGCAAUUAUGUGGAAAAUGUAACCAAGGAUCAUGAAAAAGCCAUGCUGGAACUGGAGGCCCGGAGGAACGAACUAAUGUCGCGUGAAAAGAAUCUGCAGAAGCGUCAAGCAGAUAAUCAUAAUGAGAGAGAUAGGCUAUAUCAUGAGAAGAAAAAUAAUGAGAUGGCCAUAGCAGAGCAACAGAAGGCUGAUAACAAAAUGAUGCGUUUGGCUGAAGAACAUCAGAAAGAGAAAGAGAAACUUCACAAGAAAAUUCAUGACCUAGAGAGAGGACUUGAUGCUAAACAAGCAUUGGAAUUGGAAGUUGAACGGCUGAGAGGAGCUUUCCAUGUAAUGAAUCACAUUGGAGAAACUGAUCUGGAAGAGAAGAAAAAACUGGAUGAGAUCAAAAUGGAUCUGCGUGAAAAGGAAGAAGAAUUAGAAGGGGUGGAAGAUCUUCAACAAACAUUGGUUAUUCUAGAGCGCAAAACUAAUGACGAGUUGCAAGAUGCUCGCAAAAAAUUAAUAAGUUGGAUUGGCUGCCCCCAGAACACUUCUCGGGUCAUUAUUUCUGUGAAAAGGAUGGGAGAUCUUGAUGUUAAGCCGUUUGUGGAGGCAUCCAAGAGAAAGUUUCCAGCUGAAGGGAAUGGGAAAGCAGCUCAGAGAAAACUUGCCGAAGAAAGGAAAAUGAAAGCACUUGAGUGGUGCUCACAGUGGGAUGAAUAUGUUAGAGAUUCAAGCUGGCAUCCGUACAAAAUUGUAACUGAUAAAGAAGGGAAUCCAAAGGAAAUUUUAGAUGAAAAUGAUGAAAAGCUGAAAAGUUUGAGAGAUGAACUGGGAGAUGAGGUGUAUGAUUCAGUAGCUACAGCUCUGAAGGAAUUAAAUGAAUACAAUCCUAGUGGGAGAUAUCCAGUACCUGAACUCUGGAAUUUUAGGGAAGGAAGGAAGGCUUCGUUGAAAGAGGGUGUUGCCCAUUUGAUGAGGCAAUGGAAGUUGUCAAAACAAAAGAGAGCUUGAGGCUUCAUGUGGGCCAAGUUACCUAAGCAAUGAGGGAUGGAAGCUGAUUAGUGUAAUGCAAGUCAGAUAUUAUUUUUAUGAAGUUUAGAAGAAAUUCAAAAGGAAUCUUGAGAAGGAUUAAUAGUAUGAUUAUUAUAUAGAGAGAAGUUGUUGAUAACUGUUUGAAAUAUUUAUAGUCUUAAGAUUUAGUUGAGAGCA